CAAAACAUAAACACGCUGGCUCCCCUUCAAAGCCUGAGAACAGCCAAAACGGUUUCAAACUUUUUUAGGUCGGGGAGUGAGUUUUGGCCGGCCAUCGCCGGCAGUUUUCAAGACGGCGAUGGCACCUCUAAAAUCUCUGGAGCUGCGCUACCCUUUCGUCGACUCUAAUUUUCGGGGUUUCUGUUCUGUCCAUGGCAUUUUCUCAGUUGAAGAUUUUCUUCUACAUGACACACACAGUUUGGAGGUUUCAGCAGAACAGCACCAUACUUCGGCAAGAUUGAAGCAGGGCAUUGCCCAGGUUCUCGCAAGCAUUGACAGACUUCACCAGCCAUGGUUAAAUGGUAUGGAAAUGUUGAAAAAUGGGUUGCAGCAUGAACACUCUCUCUCAACCGGAUCCAAAUGCAUUGAUGCUUUUCUAAAAGGUGGAUUGAGAAGGGGGCAACUUACCGAGCUGGUUGGACCAUCAUCGUCUGGUAAAACACAACUAUGCCUUUUGAUUGCCUCAAGUGUUGCAAAAAGUUCGGGCAAAGUUAUAUUUGUGGACACUGGCAAUUCUUUUUCUCCCAAACGUGUUGCAGAGUUUGUCAAUCAGACACCGGACCAGUCUGCCAAUAAGGUGAAAAGAACACUUGAACAUGCAAUGAGUAAUAUAGUGUGUUACUCAGUGUUUGAUGUUUUUACAAUGUUCGAUGUGCUCCAUCAGCUGAGGAACACCCUGAGAACUCAGACAAGCUGCAAGGUGAGGAUGCUAGUUAUUGACUCAAUAUCAUCUCUUAUCACACCGGUUCUUGGAGGGAGUGGUGCACAUGGACAUGGUUUGAUGGUCUCGGCAGGAUUCCUGCUGAAGCAUCUAGCAGAUGAACAUGAGCUUGCUGUUUUGGUAACUAACCAUAUGGUAGCGGGCAAGGGGGGCAUUAUGAAACCUGCACUUGGUGAGAGUUGGAAGGGAAUUCCACACACCAGAUUGCUGCUUUCUCGUGACUCUACAAGACAACACAUUUCCACCAUUUCUGUAAUGAAACAUCCGAAUAUGGCUGAUGGAGAUCGGGUGGAGUUUCAAACUCCGUGACGGGUUCUUGCCAAUUUAGUGUACCAAAUACCAACACCAAGUUUCAUACUUUCACGAUAGACUGCAGAAGACAAAUACAACAGUAGGUGUGUAUAAAACAUUUGUGCAAUUGUACCAAGUGGCAUGCGACGUUCAUCUAUGUGUACACACGAUAUAGGCUCAGGUUGAAAAA